ACAAGUUACAAGACCAGAUCCAAUGAUAGGGCGCCUGAACUGAGCUUCAUAGUUCAAAAGUCGCACCGUGCGGCUCGAUAACACAGGCCGAUGUAAAUGAUCCAAACCGCCUUGUAGACCAACCUCAACAGUCAUGACGGACUCUACUACCAAUCUGGCGUGGACCAUUCCCAGCUCCGCAUCCUCACCUACCCAUCUCACACAGCGCUCCCUCUCCGUGCCAACUGCAGGACCGCACCAAGUCCUCGUCCGGCUAACCGCCGUCUCGCUCAACUACCGCGACCUUCUCGUAGCAACACGUUCGCCUGAUUACCCAGGUAUUGACGGGCUUCCUGGAAACCACAAGCCUGACCUCGUCCCAUGCUCUGAUGGGGCAGGUGUGAUCCACACUGCAGGAUCUGACUCUAAGUGGGCUGGCCAUGAGGGAAAGAGUGUGCUUUUGCAUCCCAAUGAGUGGCUGUCUGGAGAUGUGCGGAAUCUGGAAGUUUCGAAAGUGUUUGGUGCUUCGGGCGCGAACGGAGUACUGCAACAAUGGGCCGUUGUGUCCGAUGAGCUCGUCGUCGAGGCACCGAAGCACUUCACCGGCACGGAAAACGCAAGUUUACCUACCGCUGGAGUCACGGCUUGGAGCGCGAUUAGAGAGGGUCUCGAUGCCUCCCUGAGUGGAGAGCUGCGAGAUUGGCACGGCGGAAAGAGACUGGAUGGGAAGACCGUCCUGACGCAAGGAACCGGAGGCGUGAGCUGUUUCGCGAUCCAAAUCGCAGCAGCGCUCGGCGCGACUGUCAUUGUGACGUCUUCCUCCGACGCCAAACUUACAUUUGCGAAAGGCCUCGGCGCGACGCACGGCAUCAACUAUGCUACCACCCCGGACUGGCACGAAGAGGUGCUACGGCUGACAGAGGGCAAGGGCGUCGACCACGUCAUCGAACUAGGAGGUGCUCAAACACUACUAAAGUCCAUCAACAGCGUGCGCGCAGGCGGUUUGGUCAGCCUGAUUGGCAUUCUGAGCGCGCCUCAAGACCUCCCAGCUGAGGUUGUCCCAAGUCUGCUGUUUGGCGGCAAGACGGUGAAGGGCUGUUGUGCGUUCAGUCGGGAUGCAACGGCCGAGUUUGCCAGGUUCGCUGAGCAGCACGGCAUCAAGCCGGUCAUUGCGAAGACGUUCGAGUUUGGCGAUGCGAUUGCGGCAUUUGAGGCGCUGCAGAACCAGAGCGAGGUCGGGAAGAUUGUGAUCAAGAUCAGCAAAGAGUGAUUUAUCUGUAGAACCGCAUGGCGUAGCUUAGCCUCAAAUCGAGGCUUCU